AGUUCUGCCGCAUCGACGAGCCCAUGUGCCACAACGAGGACGAGCAGCUCAGCUUCGAAGCCGUCCGCAGCAUCCACAAGCAAAUGGACGACGAUGCCAAUGGCAACGUGGACGUGGAGGAGAGCGACGAGUUCCUCAGGGAAGAUCUGAAUUACCACGAUCCGACACUCCAGCAUAGCACCUUCCACGGGGAGGACAAUCUCAUCAGCGUUGAAGAUCUCUGGAAGGCGUGGAAGUCCUCUGAAGUGUACAACUGGACGACCGAGGAGGUGGUGCAGUGGCUGAUCACCUACGUGGAGUUGCCGCAAUAUGAAGAAACCUUCCGGAAGCUGCUGCUCACCGGGCAUGCCAUGCCGAGGUUGGCAAUCAACAACGCCACGAUGACGGGGACCGUCCUGAAGAUGACCGACCGGAGCCACCGGCAGAAGCUGCAGCUGAAAGCCCUCGACACGGUUCUCUUUGGGCCACCACUCUGUGAGUGA